AUGACUAAAUCAAAAGCUUCAUCUGCCGAUCCUGUGAUGAGUUUCACACUCCGAAAGGCACCAUACUCAUAUCUCAGGAUUUCUUUGAGGUCAUUAUCUGCAACAUCACAGGCACCACAUGACCUUGAUGAGGUUUCUGCGCGGACAUACCUCACGUUGGCGUUGCAACAAUACCUGGGUCUUACUGGCACCGCUAUUUCGAUUGAUAUCUUGAAAGUGGAGGGUCGAGAUGCCUGGAUCAGAGUGCCCAGCGAAGAUGAAGUCGCAGUUGCUGCAAGUCUCAGCCAUUGGACAGGUUCCAAAGAUGUCGCCUGGAGGAUCGAACAAAGGGGUGCUUGGCUUGGUGGCCUCGUUGGAAAUAAAGAUGCGCGAAAGUUAUGGGCGAUGGACACUUGA